AUGUCUGCUCCCAUCGCAUCCGCUCACCUUCGCGUGGCCCGCCCAACAAACAACAUCGACGCCCUACUGCCCUUCUACGUCGACGGUCUGGGGUUUAAGAAGAUUGGCGAGUUUCGUGACCAUGACGGUUUCGAUGGUCUAAUGCUUGGUCACAAGGGAGCAGGCUAUCAUCUCGAAUUCACAGCGAAGCGCGGACAUGACGCCGGUAGAUCACCUACGCAGGACAAUCUCAUGAUUUUUUACCUGCCCGAGAAAGAGAAAUUCGAUGAUGCAGUUACACGGAUGGAGAAAGCGGGCAUUGUUUCUGUCACGAGCUUUAAUCCGUAUUGGGAUCAGUGCGGAAAGACAUUUGAGGACGCUGAUGGGUAUCGCGUGGUGUUGGCAAAUAUGAGCUGGAAUUUGUGA